AGGCCACCUCUCAGAGUUUAAUCUCUACCUUCAUGACUGAGGGAACAGUUUAUGGGAAAUCAAUGGGAACUCAUCAACCAUGUGUUUACUGGACACCAGGCCCCAUCAUGUCCUCAUAUGCUGGACCUGUCAUCAGACUGGGUCACCACCAUGACCCGGAGACCCACAGUGCUGCUGCAGAGGCCACACCAACAGGUGGCACUGGCCCGGUGGAGAGUCUGGGAAUCUGAGAGUCUGGAAACAGUUCUGAUAGAAACCCAUUGGUUCUGGUUUGGAUUGGUUUAUGGAAGUAAGAUGUGAAGUGAGACCGACCCAACCCAUUUGGUUCCAUCUUGUUCCUGCAGGUUCUCAGGUGAUUUUAGAUUGCUGGAGCCUGAACCAACAGCCGUCAUCCUCCUGGAAUGAAGCUCAACCUGUUCAGAGUGAAAUCAUCUCAGUGCAGCUGCUUCAGAGUUCUGAGGUUCACUCUCCAUGUUUCUGGCUCCACUUUAUUGUUUUCUGCUUAUAAGAAGAGUAAAUGUUUACUUCCAUUACUGCCUGACUGAACUGGAUUGAAGACGUGAGCAGAAUCAGACCUGAGACCAGUCCAGUUCUGGUCUCAGGUCAGUCCUCUACAUGGAAUGCAGUCGGACCAGCUAGCUCCGCCCUGCCACUCCGGUGUUCACUGACACAAUUGAGUCGACAUGCUAUUCAGGGAGCAUCCGGCUGCCUGCACAGAGCAGCUCCGACUUCUUCAGAGUGAAGGAGGAAGAAUGGCUCAGUGGGGGAUUUCACUGGACGAAGACAUGUUGAGGUGUGCCAUCUGUCUGGAUUUACUAAAGGAUCCAGUGACCAUUCCCUGUGGACACAACUACUGCUCCGAGUGCAUCAAAAACCACUGGAAAGGGCAGGACCAGAAGGCGAUCUACAGCUGCCCCCAGUGCAGGGAGGUCUUCAUACCCAGGCCAGUUGUGGGAAAGAACACCAUGUUAGCAGAGCUGGUGGAGGAAAUAAAGAAGGUCACGCUCCAAGAUGCUCCUCAUCUUCAUCGGUAUGUUGGACCUGGAGAUGUGAGCUGUGACUUCUGUACUGGGAGGAAGAUGAAAGCCACCAAGUCCUGCCUGCAGUGUCUGGCCUCCUACUGUGACCUCCAUCUCCAGCCUCAUUACGACUCUCCAGCUUUUAAGACCCAUAAGCUGGUUACAGCCUCUGCAGACAUCCAGGAGAACAUCUGCUCCCUGCACAAUAAAAUGAAGGAGAUCUUCUGCCGCAGCGACCAGCAGACCAUCUGCUUCCUGUGCUCUAUGGAGAAGCGCAAAGGUCAUGACACCGUCUCCGCUGCAGCAGAGAGGACCGAGUGGCAGCAAGAGCUCGGACCGAGACGGCAGGACAUUUGGCAGAGAGUCCAGGACCGAGAGGAGGCCCUGAAGCUGCUUCAGAAGGAGGGCGACGCCAUCACCAACUCUGCCAGCGACACGGUGGAGAACAUCCAGGCAAUGUUCAAACAGUUGCUGCAGCUCCUGGCCCAGAGAAGCUGCGACGUCCAACAGCUGAUCGGAUCCCAGCAGGAAGCCGAAAUGAGGCAGGUUGAAGAGCUUCAGCAGAGAGUCCAGCAGGAAAUCUCAGAGCUGACCAGGAGAGAUCAUGAGCUGGAGAAGCUGUCACACACCGAGGACCACGUCCAAUUCCUACGAAGAUACCCCUCUCUGAUAUCACUGGGCCCAUCUACAAACUCAGACAUCAAUAUUCAAUCGCCAAACUACUUUAAUCAGAUAACAUAUCCCAUCACUGAGCUAAUUCAGAAACUGCAGGACACCCUGAGGCAGGAAUGGACCAGGAUCACCAUGACUACAGCAGACCUUCCACAGACACCGGCUCACCAUGGGAUCCCACCAUCACCACAAGCCAUACUCUCCAAAGUCGGUUCCUUGGAGUUACCACCAGAAAUUCACCCAAAACCAGAGAGGCCCAAGGAUUCAGCACCAGCAGCUCCUCCACCCCUCGCCAAGUCCAAGACUGCACCAAUACCACCAAGACGCCCGAAAUCAUUUGAUAAGGUCAUCAUACCUUCAGCUUAUUCCAACAUUAUACCAACGGCACAAUUUCACACAUCUUCUAGGGAUCCCAAGAUGUUAAAACCAACAUACCCAACACUAGGAGGUUACCUGCAGAAGGGCCCCAAGGUUUCAUCACCAAUGUAUCCAAAGUUAGAUAAGUCCACAGUUUUAUCUCCAGCAGUUUACCCAACAUCAAGAGAGUCAAGUAUUGCACCAUCAGCACCAAUUUACAUAUCAAGUGAGUCCAAGACUUCACAAGCAGCAGCUGUCCCUGCACUGACCGAGUCCAAGGUGUCUCCACCAAGAGGUUCCCCACAGAAUCACUCCAAGGUUUCCUCACCAACGUACCCAACACCAGAUCAAUCUAAAGGUCCGUCAUCAGACCUGACAAAGGGCGAGAACACAUUUACACCACCACUAGGUUACCCAUCACUAGACCAGUUCAAGGUUUUACCACCAGCAGCACCGAAUCACACACCAGGAGAGCCCAAGACAAGAACAGAGUCUUUACCGUAUGCAUGUCGGCUCAUCUUGGAUCCCAACACAGCUAAUAAAAUGUUGGUUCUGUCUGGACAGAACAUGAGAGUGACACGAGGAAAGAAAAAGCAGUCGUACCCGAAUCAUCCGGAGAGAUUCACAGACCGGUUUCAGGUUCUGAGCAGAGAAGGUCUGACUGGACGCUGUUACUGGGAGGUGGAGUGGAGUGGGAUCGUCUCUGUGGCAGUGGCAUACAAACACAUCGUUAGAGCAGGAGGAACCAGUGGAUUUGGAGAUAAUGAGAUGUCGUGGGCCUUAUAUUGUCACAAUAAUAAAUAUAUCCACGAUGGUAGAAGCCUUGACCUCCCAGGACCUCCAUGUUCUAGGAUAGGCGUGUAUCUGGAUCAUGAAGCAGGAGUUCUGUCCUUCUACAGCAUCUCCUCAACCAUGACCCUCCUGCACCGAGUCCAGGCUGCUUUCACCCAACCGCUACAUGCUGGAAUCUGUGUUGGGUCUGGAUCUGCUGAGUUACUUCUGCUCCUGUAGGCAGUGCCCAACAAGUUUAUUUAACCCACAGAACCAGACAGUGUUGGGUAUCUUAAAGGUAUUUGAAACUUUGGACCUAGUUCAACUCAAGGUGGACUUCUUUUUUAUGACAUGGCAUUUUUAUUCAAUUUGACUAAAGUCUGAGAGAAUCUUCAUGGAUCCUCCGAGAGGAUCAAUAAAGUAGGAGUUUGGUUUAUGCAGACCAAUAAGACCAGAACGUUACUUUGAGUACUGAUCAACCCAAAGGUUUUAAAACCGGAACAAUUUAAUCUGUUAUAUAAAACUUUUGCUUUGUGUUCUAAAAGCCAAUGAUUCAACCCAGUCGGUUCCCCAUCAGAACCACCUGCCUCAGGUCCACAUGAAGCAGUUGAAGGGCUGAAAAUCUGACAGGGUCCAAUGUGAGUUUGGAGGGAUCGUGGAAUUUAGCUGGUGUGUUGGGUGCAUAAAUGUGACAGAGUGAACCAAUGGACCAACACAGGAAGUAUUCUGAACCCCCACCCUCAUGCUAUUGAUCAUCAUGUAACCAUUGAAUGAUUGUUGCUACAAUCAGGAAAUAAAAUAAUUUAUCUGCAUAAAAAGGUUUCAGCUGUUUGAUGAUGAUGAACUGGUUUUAAAUCCUCUCUGUCCUGGAUGAGCAGGUAUGUUCCUGAGGUAAAACUCGGCGGUAGUUCCAGACCAGUGAGACCACCGCUGGUUCUCCUUCAGCGGUGGUCUCACUGGUCAGAGAUGCACUGGAUGCAGGGAGGAGUUCUGGAAUCGGUGAACGCUGGAACUCAGUCCAGAUGUUCAGUUGAGACCUGCUGCCAGGAGGCGUUGAGGGGAACUCAUGGGAGAUUCAGGAGGGAUUUAGAAGGGAUGCGGCUACUGAAACCGAUACAAAUAUCUUCCUCUCUGUAUCACAAGGCCUAUUUGCAGGUAGAUAUCUCCUGGGUCAGCUGGACCAAUGAGUUCUCAUGGGCCACAGCAUUAUGAACAGUUAGAGACCUGAUGAUGCCUGUCUAUCAGGUGAUCCAGGACAGCUGAGCAGAUUACGCUUCAGCUGUGAAAGGUGAGUAGCAAAAACUGACACUGAGCUCACCUGAGACCAACAUGACAGCUCCAACAACUCCAAACAUCACUUCCCAGCAUGCU